AACAUUCUAUGGAGCCACGUUUGUCAAGAUAAGAAACAAUUCAACAUCUAUUGGAUAUUGAAGAUUUUAGAAUUCCAAAGUGCAGUAAAGAAACCAGACAUAUAGGAAGAAGAAAUGCUCCGAAGGUGCCGAUCCGGCUGAACCCUUCGGCUCACUCACACUUCAGAAAAGGAAAGUGUCUAUCUUGCAUUUUAAAGUACCAACAUGGAGAGACAAUCAUAUCAAUGUACUGAAUGUGGAAAGAGUUUUAGGCAGCAGAAAGUUCUGCGGUUACAUGAAAGAACUCACACUGGUGAGAAACCCUACACAUGCCUGGAAUGUGGGAAGAGCUUUGCGCAGAGUGGAAAUCUACGUAAACAUCAAAGAACUCACACUGGUGAGAAACCCUACACAUGUCCGGAAUGUGGGAAGAGCUUUGUGCAGCGUGAACAUCUACGUAACCAUCAAAGAACUCACUCUCGUGAGAAAUCCUACAUAUGUCUGGAAUGUGGGAAGAGCUUUGCGCAGCGUGGAAAUCUAAGUAACCAUCAAAGAACUCACACUGAUGAGAAAUCCUACACAUGUCUGGAAUGUGGGAAGAGCUAUGCGCAUAGUGUAAAUCUACAUAAACAUCAAAGAACUCACACUGGGGAGAAAUCCUACACAUGUCUGGAAUGUGGGAAGAGCUAUGCGCAUAGUGUAAAUCUACGUAAACAUCAAAGAACUCACACUGGGGAGAAAUCCUACACAUGUCUGGAAUGUGGGAAGAGCUUUGCACAGAGUAGAUCUCUACGUAAACAUCAAAGAACUCACACUGGGGAGAAGCCCUAUGAAUGCCCAGAGUGUGGAAAGAGAUUCGCACUUAAUGGAGCUUUACAGAUACAUCAAAGAAAUCACACUGGGGAUAAUCCCUAUGAAUGCCCAGAGUGUGGAAAGAGAUUCCCAUUUAAUGGAGCUUUAGAGAUACAUCAAAGAACUCACACUGGGGAGAAACCCUAUGAAUGCCCAGAGUGUGGAAAAAAAUUCGCACGUAAUGAAACUUUACAGAUACAUCAAAGGAUUCACACUGGGGAGAAACCCUACACAUGUCAGGAAUGUGGUCAGAAUUUCGCUGCCACUGGAUAUCUACGUAGGCAUAAAAGAACUCACACUGGGGAGAAACCCUAUAAAUGCCUGGAGUGUGGAAAGAGUUUCACUCGGAGUGGAUGUCUACGUUCACAUCAGAGAACCCACACUGGAGAGAAACCCUAUAAAUGCCUGGAGUGUGGAAAGAGUUUCACUUGGAGUGGAUAUCUACAUUCACAUCAGAGAACCCACACUGGGGAGAAACCCUUUAAAUGCCUGGAGUGUGGAAAGAGUUUCACUUGGAGUGGACAUCUACGUUCACAUCAAAGAGUUCACACUGGGGAGAAACCCUUUAAAUGCCUGGAGUGUGGAAAGUGCUUCUUACAGAACGAAAAACUGCAUUCACAUCAGAGAACGCACACUGGGAAGAAACCAUAUCAAUGUACUGAAUGUGGAAAGGGUUUUAGUCAGCAGACACUUCUGCAGUUACAUGAAAGAACUCACACUGGUAAGAAACCCUACACAUGUCUGGAAUGUGGGAAGAGCUUCACUCACAGUACACAUCUGCGUUCACAUGCAACAACUCAUACUGGGGAGAAACCCUAUGAAUGCCCAGAGUGUGGAAAGAGUUUCACUUGGAGUGGAAGUCUACGUUCACAUCAAAGAGUUCACACUGGGGAGAAACCCUAUGAAUGCCUGGAGUGUGGAAAGAGUUUCACUCAGAGUGGACAUCUACGUUCACAUCAAAGAGUUCAUACUGGGGAGAAACCCUAUGAAUGCCUGGAGUGUGGAAAGAGUUUCACUCGGAGUGGAUGUCUACGUUCACAUCAGAGAACCCACACUGGAGAGAAACCCUAUAAAUGCCCAGAGUGUGGAAAGAGUUUCACUCGGAGUGGAGAGCUACGUUCACAUCAAAGAGUUCACACUGGGGAGAAACCCUAUGAAUGCCUGGAGUGUGGGAAGAGUUUCAUUCAGAGUGGAGAGCUACAUUCACAUAAGAGAAUCCACACUGGGGAGAAACCCUUUACAUGCCCAGAGUGUGGAAAGAGUUUCACUUGGAGUAGAAGUCUAUGUUUACAUCAAAGAGUUCACACUGGGGAGAAACCCUAUAAAUGCCUGGAGUGUGGAAAGAGUUUCACUUGGAGUAGAAGUCUACAUUCACAUCAAAGUGUUCACACUGGGGAAAAACCCUAUAAAUGCCUGGAGUGUGGAAAGAGUUUCACCCAGAGUGGAGAGCUACGUUCACAUCAAAGAAUUCACACUGGGGAGAAACCCUAUAAAUGCCUGGAGUGUGGAAAGAGUUUCACUCGGAGUGGUCAUCUACGUUCACAUCAGAGUGUUCACACUGGGGAGAAACCCUUUAAAUGCCCAGAGUGUGGAAAGAGUUUCACUCAGAGUGGUCAUCUACGUUCACAUCAAAGAGUUCACACUGGGGAGAAACCCUAUGAAUGCCUGGAGUGUGGAAAGAGUUUCACUUGGAGUGGAGACCUACAUUCACAUCAGAGAACCCACACUGGGGAGAAACCCUAUGAAUGCCCAGAGUGUGGAAAGAGUUUCACUCAGAGUGGGCAGCUACAUUCACAUAAGAGAAUCCACACUGGGGAGAAACCCUAUACAUGCCCAGAGUGUGGAAAGAGUUUCACUUGGAGUGGAGAGCUACGUUCACAUCAAAGCGUUCACACCGGGGAGAAACCCUAUGAAUGCCUGGAGUGUGGAAAGAGUUUCACUUGUAGUGGAAGUCUACGUUCACAUCAAAGCGUUCACACUGGGGAGAAACCAUAUAAAUGCCUGGAGUGUGGAAAGAGUUUCACUCGGAGUGGAAGUCUACGUUCACAUCAAAGAGUUCACUCUGGGGAGAAACCCUAUGUAUGCCUGGAGUGUGGAAAGAGUUUCACUCAGAGUGGGGCCCUACGUUCACAUCAAAGAGUUCACACUGGGGAGAAAGCUUUUAAAAUGCCUGCAAUGUGGAAAGAGUUUCACUCAGAGUGGGGCCCUACAUUCACAUCAGAGACAUCAGAGAACGCACACUGGGAAGAAACUUUAAAUGUCUCAAAUGUGGAAAGAGCUUCCCUGAGAGUGGAGAAUUACAUAAACAUAAUAGAACCCAGAUAGAGAUGAAUUGAGGCUUCUUGGUGUAAAUAGAUACUAAGAUGCUUUUUUUCUUGGUUUCUCUCUCUCUCUCGAUACAUUGUUGACUAUCCUGGAAUGUGAUUUAUUUAAGAGGAAAUAAUAAUAAUAAUAAUAAUAAUAAUAAUAAUAAUAAUAAUAAUGAUGAUGAUAAUCCAUUAGAACAAAUGCCAUCAAAGCCAGAAUUGAAAAGUCGAUGACAGAUCCCAAGUGUAGACUCUGCAAGGAAGCAGGUGAAACAAUAGAUCACAUCCUCGGCUGCUGCAAGAAGAUCAUGCAGACAGACUACAAGCAGAGGCACAACACCAUUGCUCAGAUGAUUCAUUGGAACUUGUGCCAAAUACC